GGAGCAUCUAAUUUAAGGUAUGCAAAAUCAUAAAUUUAUACUGAAUGAAUACUUGACAACUAUAAUAAAUAAAAGAGUAUGUCUGAAUUAAGAUGUUGGCAAUCAGAAUAUUUUUAAUUCGACACUAAACUCAAAAUCUAAUGAGGUUGGCUUAAGUAUAUCGAUAUACUUGGAGCAUAAUAUGAGUCAAAGGAGAAUUUUGGCUGAAUAAUGGAUUUUGUAAUUUAAAAGUAAUAACAACCGAAAUAUGCCUUGUAGCAAACAAUGCACUUUUGAAAAAAAUUCGCUUUGCUGUAUUUUCACAAAGAGUUCAUUGCAUCAAAAUUUCUUGGUUAAGUAAUCGUGUUAUUAAAACUACUUACUUUAAAUCGUUAUUGAUCAUAAUGGUAAAAAUUAGAAUUUAGAAUUAUAUAAAUGCUAUCAUUUAAACAUGGAGGGAGAUGUAUCCAUCAUAGCCCGUUUCCAUCAACAUCUGAAUUUGACUCAAGAAGUCGGAAAACCAAGAUCUCUGUCCUUUUAGGAGUAGACAAUGAUCCCAAAGUAGAAUAAUCGAUUGGUGAGGUUCAAUUCCGAUUAAAUAAGAACUCCCGAGAGGAAGGUGCUUAUGUAUUCAGUUGAGGAAGAGGUGACUUUCUUGAUUGAUGAGAAUCAAAUAGAGAGGGUGAGGAGUCAAAAUUCAGAUUCAGAUUUCAUGAUACAGACAAUAGAAGAGGAAACAGAUGUGACUGAGUGGCAAAUUAUAGAUCAUAAACACUUACUUACUCUUGAUUAAAAGAAAAUGCUCAAUUCGUUGAAUGAGAUUAGAAAUCUUUUCAAUUCAAAAUCCAAGCAUAGUCAUUAGAUAUAAUAGACUUUAGAUUUGUUCUCAUGA